AUGUUGAUAGACGGCGAGAAAUGGGCUUGCGAGGCCUGUGUCCGUGGACACAGGGUCAGCAACUGCCAGCAUGCGGACCGUCCCUUGCAACACAUCAACAAGAAGGGCCGUCCAGUAUCCCAGUGCCAGCACUGCCGCUCCAUGCGCAAGUCUCGCUCAUCCCAUGUAAAGUGCGACUGCGGAGAAAAGACGCACAAGUGCAUCCACCUGCAGCAGACGAUGGACGGACACAAGGAGGCAGUACUUGAUACCGUCCCGGAAUCAGAGUCGGACCAGGAGGAGUGCAAGACAACAAGCUGCAAACCCAUCAGCCGCCGCCGCAGGACCAACACGGCUCAUUCAGAACCAGUGCUGAGCUUUGACGAGAACGGCCACCACAAGCCGACGCACAAGCACAUCAAAGCUUCCCAGCAACAUGGGCCGUACACUCUGAACAGAGUGUCCUCGAUGCACAGCAAUAGCAGCUCUGGCAGCCUUGGUACACGGUCGAUGGACAAUCUACAUUGCAGCAAGGCUAGUGGUCGAAGCCGUACUGCGGCAUCUACACCUCCUUCCGACAUCGAGUCUGAUCUUGCGUCUCCGGGCGACACGCUCCAGCAGCUCAAUGGCCAGUUGCCGCCGCUCGACCUGUCGAGCAUUCGCUACCCGAAAUACACCCCCUCACAAUAUCCCGAUUAUGUACCUUUCAUCGAUCUAUUCAGCGGUGUGUCGGACGGCGAACAACCUAUUUUCAGCGCUGGCCUCAGUGCCGCCUCGGUCGACUGGGCGCAGUAUGACGGCCUUGAGUUGCGCGACGGUUAUGUGCCCUCGAGUUUUGGCCAGGCGGAGUCGUUUCCCGGUUUCGAGCUGCCCGACUCGGCCGAGCCCACGCUGGCUUCUAAUUCUGGCGACGUUUCCGAAACGGAGGACUUCCUGCCCAGCUUUGGCACCUCGGCGAUGGACAGCUUCCGCAACAGUGCUGCAGGCAGUUUCCUGGAUCUGUCACAAAGUCAAGCAUCCAUGCUUAGUGCAACGGACUUGAGCAACCUCGAGUACGACGAAUUCAAGGGCACGGCUGCAGCCAGCAAGCUUAUGGCGGCUUCUGUUGCCCUGGACGACAGCACUUCUGCGUUUGCAGCCAUGGAGGACGAUGGAUACUGGAGUAUGAACAAUUUCAACGACGGCAUCACACAGUCUCCCGAUCCCGUUGCAUCUGGGCUGUGGGAUUCAUUAUAG